ACUAUACCAUUAACCCUUGCUCUUUAUAUACACAUUUACCAAAUAUAGAUAUCAUAUGGCCCUCCCUGAAUCGCAGUCACAAAUGGACAAAACUUUGCCUGAUGCUUGGGACUACAAGGGAAGCCCGGCACCCCGUUCCACCACCGGCGGCUGGGCUAGUGCCGCCAUGAUUCUAGGGGUGGAGGCGUGUGAAAGGCUAACGACGUUGGGUAUCGCCGUUAAUUUAGUGACAUACUUAACUGGUACUAUGCAUUUGGGAAAUGCUAACGCCGCUAACGACGUCACUAACUUCAUGGGUACCUCUUUCAUGCUAUGUCUUCUCGGCGGUUUCGUUGCCGACACAUUUCUCGGCCGGUAUCUUACAAUUGCCAUAUUCACGGCGGUUCAAGCAACGGGUGUGACAAUCUUGGCGAUAUCAACCGCCAUUCCAAGCCUACAACCACCAAAAUGCACCAAAACCGGCGACUCCUGUGUUCCGGCGACCGAUCUCCAAUUAGCCAUUCUCUACAUAGCCCUGUACCUAACCGCCCUGGGAACUGGCGGGUUGAAAUCCAGUGUAUCUGGUUUCGGGUCGGAUCAAUUCGACGAAUCCAACAAGGAAGAGAAGGCCCAAAUGACCGCUUUCUUUAACUGGUUUUUCUUCUUCAUAAGUAUCGGGUCACUGGCGGCGGUUACGUUUCUGGUUUAUAUACAGGAUAACCUUGGGCGUCGGUGGGGGUAUGGGAUUGUGGCGUGUUCGAUCGGGUUAGGGUUGGUGAUCUUCUUGUCGGGUACGAGAAGGUAUCGGUUCAAGAAGUUGGUGGGUAGCCCGUUAACCCAAAUAGCGUCGGUUUUUGUGGGGGCAUGGAGGAAGAGGCAUUUGGAGCUUCCUUCGGAUCCUUCAUUGUUGUUCAAUGUUGAUGAUCUUCAAGAAACUGAUGAUACCAAAAUUUUGAAGCAGAAGUUGCCUCACAGCAAGCAGUUCCGUUUCCUUGACAAGGCAGCAAUCAAGAAAAAUGAAAAAUCUGGUGAGUUGGUGAAGAUGAACAAAUGGCACCUUUCAACUACAACCGAUGUAGAAGAAGUGAAAAUGGUGAUCACAAUGCUACCAAUUUGGGCCACCACCAUCAUGUUUUGGACUAUUUAUGCACAAAUGACUACUUUCUCAGUCUCACAAGCCACCACCAUGGACAGACACAUCGGAAAAUCUUUCCUCAUUCCUCCCGCAUCCCUUACCGUCUUCUUCGUCGGCAGCAUCCUCUUAACCGUCCCGAUCUACGAUCGUAUCAUCGUCCCAAUCGCCAAAAAAUUCCUUAAGCACCCACAAGGCCUUAGCCCUCUUCAACGCAUCGGCAUAGGCCUGGUUCUAUCCACAUUGGCCAUGGUUUCAGCCGCACUCACCGAGAUCAAGAGGCUGAACAUGGCCAAGUCUCGUGGUUUGGUUGAUGACCCAUCGAAGGUGGUCCCACUUAGUGUCUUUUGGUUGGUCCCACAGUUUUUCUUUGUGGGGUCGGGGGAGGCGUUUACGUACAUAGGCCAACUUGAUUUCUUCUUGAGGGAGUGUCCUAAAGGAAUGAAGACGAUGAGCACUGGAUUGUUUUUAAGCACGUUGUCGUUAGGGUUUUUUUUAAGCUCGUUGUUGGUGACCAUUGUGCACAAGGUGACCGGAGACAAGGACCCAUGGCUAGCGGAUAACUUGAACAAGGGGAAGCUUUAUAAUUUCUACUGGUUGCUAACGGUUCUAAGCGUUUUGAACAUGGGGUUGUAUUUGAUCGGAGCGAAAUGGUACGUUUAUAGGGAGCAUAGGCUCGCUGGCGAGGGUAUCGAGCUGGAAGAAGAAGAGUCUGUUGCAUGAUCCGAAUGCUUAUUUAUUCAACUAAUUUCUAAGUACCUAAAGUUGCUUCGGUUUGUAUAAUCCGUCAUGGAAAGAAAGACGAUGACGAAAGAAAGAAUGGAGAUGUAAAAGUGCACCCGUUCUAUUUGGUUAGGUUAAACAAGUGAUGAUGAAAUAUAUCAAGUUUUUAUGUGUAGAUGGCUCGUAAACAUUUGGGCAAGGAGAUUGAAGAUUA